UUCAAUUAAUUAAGCAUGAGUAGGACCACUGGGAAACCUAUUCAAAGUUUUCUUCAAGGCAUGCUCAUGAAUAGUUCCCACAAUCAAAGCUUAGAAUGAAUAACCCCACUCUGAAAUCAUAGAUGGAAUAAAUUAGUUAGUGUUACAGUAAUUAUUGGUAUUCAUUCAUUACACUCCAUUAGUCCUAUUUACAAGAUGGGUAUCUCUCUAUUCUCCACAUAAUCACAGAGCAAUUCCUUUAUUCUCAUGCCUUUUUGUUGUUCUGCAACAAAGAUGGCAUACUCCUGCAGGGAAUAUAACAAUGAGGAUGCAACCCUAGACUGGGAUGACCCUUGCAUAGGAGGAGAAUCUCCUGCAUUUUUCUAUCCAUCAUACUUUGUGCCCAACCCAUCCUCUGAAAGGAAGUGCCUGAGUCCUGUUCCACUCGGUCCUGUAAAUUCUUCAUGUUGUUCUCCAUUCAUAAGGUCUUUAAAUGAUGAUACUAAUGCUUAUGCACUCUCUGGCUAUAGCUACUCAAAAAGCUCCCCCAAUGAUAAUCAUGGCAGGAAAAUGCACAAAGGAAGGAUGCCUAUUGAAGAGGAAGAGGAUGAAGAAAUGGGUUUCUAUAGAGGAGUGAGAAGGUAUUAUGAGAAUAGUACGUGCAUUUGCCUUUUUUUCCAGGUGAUUCUGUGGUUGCUGGUUUCUGUGGGCAUCUUUAUUGUGCUGUUUUCCAUUGCAACGAGGCCUGGGUCCCCUGAGCUCUCAGUAAAGAGGAUAGCAUUUCAUGAAUUUGGAGUAUCACAAGGUUCAGAUAAAUCAGGGGUGCCAACAAAAGUAUUCAGCUGCAGCUCCAAUAUCACCUUAGAACUUGACAACCGCUCCCAAUUCUUUGGAGUCCAUGUUCAUCCUACUCACAUAACGAUGUCAUUUGCAGAGCUUACAAUAGCCACAGGCCAAGGAGCUGAGAUAUAUGUGGAGAGGGACAGUACAAUGAGUUUCAAUGUACACAGUGGGGCAAAGAGAAAAGCAGUUUAUGGUGCAGGACCUAGUAUGCUUCAUCUUUUGCAAUCAAGAGGAGGUCUCCCCAUAGUCAUGCACAUUAACAUUGAAUCAAGUAUCAGGGUUGUGUGGGACCUUGUAAAGCCUAAAUUUUCUCAUCAUAUUGUUUGCCACAUGCUUGUAAAUAAAAGCAAUGGGGGUCAUCAUUUAAAACUUGCCCAAACCAGUUGCUCAUAUCACGCUUCCUAACACAUCUAAAGCUGUACAUUUUCAUAUUUUAUGUGGGUAAGCGCAUAGGUAUAUGUUGGGUUAUGAGCAUAUUUCCAUAUUAUAUUGGGUAACGAGCAUAUGUAUAAUCAAUUUGUUACCUUUUGAUGAAUUUCUCGUUCUCAAUACGAUGCAUGAAGUAAUGGGUUUUGAUAUUGAAUA